AUGUCAUCGAUUGACUCUCAAUUAUAUGAAUGGUGGUUAUAUGAAGAAGCAUCUUUAGAACAUGAUAAACGUAAUGUUGAUUUAUUUUGUCAUCAUAGACGUGUACAACUUAUGUUACUUGAUACAUGGAGACAUGUUACACAACUUCCUAUACAAGUCAUGAAUCAAUUAGCUGAUCCAUUUAUUCAAUCUUAUUGGGAUACAAGACCAUUUAAUAAAAAUGCCAUUAAACACACAGAUAAAGCUCAUCAUAUUUCUUUUUCACAAUGUCUUAAUUGGUCUCAAAUAAAUGAGAAAAAUAGUCGUCAAAAAAUGAUGAGUGAUAAAAUUCGACCAUUAUUUAAAGGUCAUAGUGACGGACGAAAUCCUUUAUGUGGUCAAAUUAAUUUACUUUCGAUAAAAGCACCAAAAAUUUCAUCAUCAAUUGAUCAUCAACCACAAGCAAUAAAUAAAAAACGUCCAGCUCCAGCAAGUUUUUCUGAUGAUACAAUGGAUACAAGUACUAGUCAUCAUUAUCGACCACCAUUUGGUAAACAACAACAACAACAACAACAACAACAACAAACUCCACAAGAAUCAUUAUCAUUUCGUACAGCACGUGAUCAAUUAGAAAUCGAUGAAGCACGUACGAAAGCAAAUGGUGCGGUUGUUAAAAAAUCCCUUGGUAUGCAUUCAUCAGCCAAACGUUCAAUAUAUAAUCGUUAUGUUGAUCCAACUGUUGGAAGACAAACACAAGGAGAUUGUAAUCGACAAAUGAUGCUACUUCCACCACCAUCAUCGGCACCUGUUAUACAAACAAAUCAAUCAAAUAAUACUGAACCUUCAAAUAAUAAAUUGGAAGAAAGUGGUGGUGCUAAACAUAUUGAUCCUAAAUUAAUCGAAAUGAUUACUAGUGAGAUCAUGGAAUUAAAUUUAACAACAACAUGGAGUGAUAUUGCUGGUUUGAAUGAAGCUAAAAGAUCUAUAACAGAAAUUGUUGUUUGGCCAAUGCAACGACCUGAUAUUUUUACUGGAUUAAGAAGACCACCGAAAGGUUUACUACUUUUCGGUCCACCAGGUACUGGAAAAACUCUUAUUGGUAAAUGCAUUGCUAGUCAAUCGAAAGCAACAUUUUUUUGUGUUUCUUCAUCAUCACUUACUUCAAAAUGGCAUGGUGAAAGUGAAAAAUUAGUUCGAGCAUUAUUUGCAGUAGCUCGUUCACGUCAACCAGCUGUCAUAUUUAUUGAUGAAGUUGAUUCAUUGCUUCAAGAAAGAUCUGAAAAUGAAGAUGAAUGUACACGUCGUAUUAAAACAGAAUUUCUUGUACAAAUUGAUGGAGCAAGUACACAAGGUGAAGAACGAAUUUUAUUAAUUGGUGCUACUAAUCGACCACAAGAACUUGAUUCAGCAGCUCGUCGACGUUUUGUUAAACGUAUUUAUAUUCCAUUACCUGAUUUACCAGCACGAAAAGCUAUCAUCUCAAAUUUACUUAAAGAUCAAAAACAUACUUUAACUGAUAAUGAUAUGGAACAUAUAUGUACACUUGCUGAUGGUUUUAGUGGGGCUGAUAUGCAUAGUCUUUGUCAUGAUGCAGCUUUAGGACCUAUUCGAGAUAUACAUGAUAUUGAAUUACUCUCGAGUGAAGAAGUACGUGGUAUUUCAGCUGACGAUUUUAUUAAAUCACUUAAAGCUAUUCGACCAAGUGUAUCCGAAAGUGAUUUAAAACAAUAUGAAGGUAAAAUCAUAAAAUAUUAA